AUGAAGGAGAACGGCUCCCCGUGUGUCGCCAAUCAGCUGACCUGCGCGUGCCUGCUGGAGCCAGACACUAGCGGCCGCCGCGUGCAGACCAACGAUCCAGGCAGCCGGACGCGGGGCCGCGGCACGGCUGUCCCGGUCCGGCACAGAGCCAGCGGGGCCGUGGGCGCCUGGUGCAGUGUGGCCUCCCCCAGGCUGGAGAGCUCCCAGCAGCCGCGGAGGGCCAGAGAGAAGGCGCUGGUAACAGGGGGCGGCGGAUUCUUUGGCUUCAGGCUGGGGAGAGCUCUGGCCAGGCGAGGGACCAGCGUCAUUCUGAUGGACCUUCACAAGCCGUACUGGGAGGUCCCAGAAGGAGUCAUCUUCCUGCAGGGUGAUAUCCGGGACUAUGACACCCUGUAUAAGGCUUGUGCUGAAGUGGACUGUGUGUUCCACACUGCUUCCUGUGGAAUGUCUGGUCCAGAACAGCUGAGGAAAGAGCUGGUGGAAUCCGUCAACAUAGGCGGCACGAACAAUGUAAUAAACGUGUGCUGUGAGCAGGGGAUCUCCAGGAUGGUCUAUACCAGCACGGUGAACGUGGUGUUCGCAGGCAAGCCUAUUGAGGACGGCGAUGAAGACUCCGCACCCUGCGUCCCCCUGGACAUGCACAUAGACCACUACUCCAGAACAAAAGCCGUUGCGGAGCACAUGGUCAUUGCUGCUAACGGAAGAUCAUUGAAAGGUGGUGGCCUGCUCCGCACGUGUGUGUUACGACCCUCCGGAAUCUAUGGCCCAGAAGAGAGAAGACACCUGCACAGAGUAAUGGUUAAUGUGGAGAGGAAGUUGUUCAGUUUCAGCUUCGGGGACCCUAACGCGCGGAUGAACUGGGUGCAUGUGGAGAAUCUGGUCACGGCCCACGUUCUGGCGGCAGAGGGGCUCUCUCCAGAGAGAGGCUGUGUGGCGAACGGACAGGCUUACUUCAUCAACGAUGGGGAAUCCGUCAACCUCUUCGAGUGGCUGAUACCUUUAUUUGAAAGACUGGGCCACAGCCCACCACUGAUCCAUCUCCCAGUUUCUCUGGUCUACUCAGCAGCCGUCGUAAUGGAGUGGCUGCAUGGGGUUCUGAAGCCCGUGGUGGAGGUCCCUCUCAUCUUCACGAGAAACGAGGUGAGGAACAUCGCUGUCAGCCAAACCUUUCGGAUAGAUAAGGCGCGUCGGGAGCUGGGCUUCUCCCCCGUGAAGUACAGCCUGGCUGAUUCAGUGGAGCAGUACUUGAAAGCCCGUCCGCUGUGCUCCAGCACUGCCUUCCUGGACACACGCCGCAUCCUCAUCUUCCUCCUGCUGAUCCCGGCAGCGGGGCUGGCUUUCCUGAUGCUCCGCCCUGGCUAGGGGAAACAUUAAUCCCAGAGAGGAAAAAAAACCCACCUUUGCAGUAUAUGUUGAGAAGUUAGCAUCACAAAGUGCAAGACACCAUUGCUCAGAGCAGCUCAGCACACUCAGACACUGAUUGUCAAUUAUCAGAGCUCUUUUAGUAGGAAAUAGAGUUCGUAGUUUUAGUUCAUUAUAUCCUAAUGAUUUCAAUCACAUGGCCAGGAACAAACUGAUCCUGGGCCAGUGUUCUUAUUUUUCUUAGAUUUUUCUUAUCAGCCUAGUAUCAGUAUCAGCCUAGACAGUCUGUUCUAACAUACUAUGCCCUCAACGUUCUCAUAUAUAAGCCUCCUUAGAUUUUGAUCAACUUUUACUUUUUCACAGAUUGAAUGUAGAGAAAUUAAUGUGAUCAAACAGUUAUAGUUUAAGUUAAUCACCUGUAGCAAGUCUGUGAGAAUGAGCAGAUGAGAGGAUGAGCAAAUCAGAUGAUGAAGAGAGGAAACUUCUGAACCUGAAGAUAUGAGACCUCUUCAUCAGUAAUAUCAGGAUCUAGUUGCGUUAGGUUAUAGACUGCAAGAUAGCGACUAGGCAACAUUCCGACUAUCUUGUACAGUGCCAUUGACAGGCAUUCCAGCAGUGGCGAAUCUAAUAUUCUAGCUGUGAUGGAUUUAUUCUGGGGAUGAGAUUUCACCAUAACAGGUGAAAACAUCACAUCUACUCUAAUCCCAUGUUCACUCUCUUGUGAAUGAACUAAUGAUGCCCACAACUAUAAUCAACUAUAGGACCUUUUUUCACUCUCCUGUGAGUUAUCUAAUACACAGAGGUGGCCAAGACGUAAUAAGGGUAGCCGCUUGUCCAGUUAACUCGCGGUCCCUUGAAAGUGGGAGAACUACGUAUUAAAACACGUCUUUGAUUUCUGUAUGGUUCACCCAGUCUGGACGUAAACACGCUGGAAGCAGAGCAGACAUACCUUGCUUUAUUUUUAGAGACAUGGUUUCAUUUUUUCCUGUUGUUCGCAGGAAGCGAACAACAAAUAUUUUGUCACUGUCUGGCUACUUGCUUUCAGCACUCAGUAUACAAACUUGAAGCAUUAGCAAACUACAACGAAGGCCAAUAAAUGUUGUUUUAAAUACAUGGACAGCUUCUAGAUUUUUCAGUUUGAUAAACUGGAUGGAUUUUGUCUAGCAUUAGUGGAGUAAACUCAGUGUUUCCAUCAUUAAUUACUUUAAACAGUCUUUAAUCCAAUGUUUUAAAUGCUUUGUUUUAACAUAAAAAUCCUCCUCUGUUGUUCCUGUAAUUAACUGUUGUGAAUAACUUUGAUUUUGCCUUAUUAUUUGAGUUUUGGGCAAUAACACUCAAACCUCUGUAAAUUAGAUUAAUAAAGGUGAUUGUAAUUUU